UAAAGCAAGUGAUGUCAUAGUUUGCCUUAAAGCAAACAAACCCAGAUGACACUAGUACGAAGUGCCAUUGUACUCCGAAAUCACAUUCAUAUUAGAUAAUUAAUCUAUUCGGAUAAUCUAAAGGAACCUGUGCCUGCCGUUUUGCUCAUUCAUUCAUAACGGAACAAUCAUAAAUUUUGAAGAGCGUUGACAAAUCAUUUCAUAUUUCUCAUUCGAAUCGUUUAAAGUAACAAGUUAAUAAAAGAGGAAAAUAAUGAAAUAAUCACUUGAAAUUGACCUCGCAAUUCAUCUAAACGUGUUUCUGGUUGAUUGAUUUAAUUGAAAUAAUACCAAAAUUAUGAUGUUUCAUAACGUAUUUUUUUGUCUGUUUCCUCCCAUUUUAUUCCCCUUACUUUUGUUUUUAGCCAAAGGUCAAUAUCAACUGGGCAUGGAGCCAAAACGUAUGAGAACCGCCUACACACGUCAUCAGAUCCUAGAAUUGGAGAAAGAAUUCCAUUUUAAUAAAUAUCUAACGCGGCGGCGACGCAUCGAAAUUGCUCAUACAUUAGUGUUAUCGGAACGUCAAAUUAAGAUAUGGUUUCAAAACAGGCGCAUGAAAUACAAGAAGGAUAAUAAAUUACCGAAUACGAAAAAUGUACGCAAGAAAUCUGGUGCGGAUGGAAAUGGCGGAGCGACGGCAAAUGCGAAGAAACCAAAGCGUAUCACAAAAUCCAGCAAGCAAUCACAACAGCAACAAGCUCCAGUCCAAUCUGAGUGCGUGCGAUCGGAUAGUUUGGAAAGUAUGGCCGACAUGACAACAUUAGGUAAUAUGCCGUAUAUUCCAGCUGCGUCUGAUGUUACCGAUAUGAUGGCGCAAGGUCCACCGCAAUCACAAAUGCUGAAUCAUCAAACGGUAACGAACAAUAAUAAUGGUGGCAAUUUAAUGGGUCUAUCGAUGGAUGCAAUGCAACAGCAAUCGCCGCCGAAUCAUUCACAUCAACAGCAAACCAUCAACAUUAAAACCGACUACGGACUAACGGCUUUGUAGGAUUCGGACGACGGAAUGCAAGCACUUCUUGAUUUGUGAUUCGCUUUAAACUCUUUCGCUGAUCUAUCUUAAUUUCAUCCCAGAAGAGUUUUUUUUAUCGUUAAAGUCAACUAAAGAGUAACAAAAACUUCUUGCAUUUCUACAUUCGUUAAAGUCUUAUGCAUUGAACAGAAAAAAUACAGUUGAAACAACACCAUAUAGAUUAAGCACAAAAGUGUCAUGUCUAUAAAUUCCAAGCAGACGUAUUUUAGCGAUACCCGUAAUGUUCAAGUGAGAUAGAAUACGUAGACUCAACAUUAGAUGUGUAAAUUUGUAAGCUAGCUUUAAUGGCGCAAUGUAAAUUCUCCUAAAGAAACCUAUUUAGUGUUUAGUCAUAAUUUUAUGAUUUUCUAGAUUUUAUUCGUUUAUUUCACAUUUUUUUUCCCGGUGAAUUCACUUUUGAUGAACGCAAAGAAAGAAAAAGAGGAAUUUACAAGAUUCGGGCGAUACAGAGACUAGGCUUAUUGGUAGAUUAUUUGCAUCACUUUGCAAUUUGUACAAAAUAGUUUUUAAAUUACUUUUAAUUUGUUAUAAAAAUCAUCAGAAGAAAAACAUUUCAUUCAUAUAAACUCUAGCCAGCUGAUGCAUUCAUUUUUCCCAAAGACGUCACAUUUCGUGUAAAUCACACUGGGACGACUGUUUUAUGUUAGACUCUAUAAUUGAAACCAAGACAUACUUGUUUGAUGUUAUGCAAUUUAAUUUAGUUAAGCUAUACAACUAUCUCUCUAAUGGCGAUUUUCUUCAAACCAAACCGAACAUCGGUGUAUUUUUAGUUGAUUUAUUGUGAAUGAGUAAAUUUAGAAUGGGGUGUUAAUCAACAUACCAAAUUAAGAGAGGAUUUGAAACACAUUUUCGGUUUGUUUUCAUUGCGCAAAAUCGUGUACAUUUUUAUUUGUCGUAAACCUAAAUUGUGUUGAACAUUUUGAGGAAUUCAAUAAUGGAAUAUAAUUAAGUUUCUCACUGGAGAAAAUAGCAUUAAUUUGUAAUGUUUAAG